AUGGCAACCGCUACCAGCUAUGAGAGCUGUGAGGAAAGGAGGAGGGGAGAAGAGGGGAUGAAGGAAGAGAGGAUUCGGCAGUCUGCUGUACUGGCUGAGACCAGCUCGUCCCGGCUCGCCUCCGUCCGACCAGCCAGAAGCCGGGCAAGCUGCCGGCUCGGUUCGGCACGGUGCGGCUUGGCUCAUUUUGGCGCUUCGGCUGCUUGCGUGGAUCUGGCAAUGAAGCCAGACCCCCUUUCCCUCAUCUCUCUUUACCUCUUCAUCUCCCUCCCCCUCUCUUCCCCUCCACUUCCUCUUUUCCCACUUCCUCUCCAACAGCACUUUUCCCCCGCCCUCCUCUGCUGCCCUUUGGCCCGUUCUCCCGUGGACCAUCACCCUCUUUGCUCCCAUGCACCAUCACCCUCUUUGCUCCCAUGCACCAUCACCCUCUUUGCUCCCAUGCACCAUCACCCUCUUUGCUCCCAUGCACCAUCACCCUCUUUGCUCCCAUGCACCAUCACCCUCUUUGCUCCCAUGCACCAUCACCCUCUUUGCUCCCAUGCACCAUCACCCUCUUUGCUCCCAUGCACCAUCACCCUCUUUGCUCCCGUACACCCUAAUCUCCUUCUCCCAUUCUUUCCUUUUCGGAUUUAUGCCCCUGGGUACUCCUUCUGCCCAAUUCGCCUCUCCUUCCCUCACCAGCAGCACCUGUCCUGCAAUGGGUGCAACGGGGAGGGGUGGAUGGUACAGGCGGGAACAUGCCAUGGGUGGUUGAUAGACGAGAUGAUGAACUCCCUGCGGUGCUUGUCCUCCUUGCCGCAUAUCUGUGAGGGGGGUAGAUGGGUGCAACGGGGAGGGGUGGAUGGUACAGGCGGGAACAUGCCAUGGGUGGUUGAUAGCCGAGAUGAUGAACUCCCUGCGGUGCUUGUCCUCCUUGCCACAUAUCUGAGCAUGUGCAGAGGGAGGGCAGGAUGGGAUGGGAUGGGAGGGCAGGAUGGGAUGGGAUGGGAUGGGAGGGCAGGAUGGGAUGGGAUGGGAGGGCAGGAUGGGAUGGGAGGGCAGGAUGGGAUGGGAGGGCAGGAUGGGAUGGGAGGGCAGGAUGGGAUGGGAGGGCAGGAUGGGAUGGGAGGGCAGGAUGGGAUGGGAGGGCAGGAUGGGAUGGGAGGGCAGGAUGGGAUGGGAGGGCAGGAUGGGAUGGGAGGGCAGGAUGGGAUGGGAGGGCAGGAUGGGAUGGGAGGGCAGGAUGGGAUGGGAGGGCAGGAUGGGAUGGGAGGGCAGGAUGGGAUGGGAGGGCAGGAUGGGAUGGAAGGGCAGGAUGGGAUGGGAGGGCAGGAUGGGAUGGGAUGGGAGGGCAGGAUGGGAUGGGAGGGCAGGAUGGGAUGGGAGGGCAGGAUGGGAUGGGAGGGCAGGAUGGGAUGGGAGGGCAGGAUGGGAUGGGAGGGCAGGAUGGGAUAUGAAUACCCAAAGUUAGGGUUUGGCGCUCCCGCCAUCUCGCAGCGUCGCACGACCAGGGGCGCAGCAGCGCGCGUGCGGCCACGCAUUGGCGGGAUCGCGUCCCCGCAAUAG